AAGGCUUAGAGUGCUCUCCUUCCACUCCCACCAUGAACUCCUACUUCUACAAGUUCAUGAUCAACCUGCUCAAGCGGUUCAGCAGUGAACGGAAGCUGCUGGAGGCCAGAGGCGCCUUCAUCAUCAGGCAGCUGUGCCUCCUGCUGAACGCCGAGAACAUCUUCCACUCGAUGGCCGACAUCCUGCUGCGAGAGGAGGACCUCAAGUUCGCCUCCACCAUGGUGCACACCCUCAACACCAUCCUGCUCACCUCCUCCGAGCUCUUCCAGCUCAGGAGCCAGCUCAAGGACCUGAGGACUCUGGGGGGGCGUGCGGCUGAGCGGCCACCCCAGUGCCCCGGGCUGGCCCUCUCCGAGCACCAGGCCCAGGCAGUGGACCUGCGCCUGCAGCUGCUGGACGUGAAGAACAACCCGUUCCUGAUCAAGGCCCUGUACGGCCUGCUCAUGCUGCUGCCCCAGAGCAGCGCCUUCCAGCUGCUGUCCCACCGGCUCCAGUGUGUGCCCAACCCCGAGCUGCUGCAGACUGAGUGA